ACCCGGAAGAGAUGGAUCCUCUGAGGCAGACGAGCAAACCCAGACGCAUUUAAGCUGUCAAACAUGCCUCUUUCUCACCACAACGCAUUUUUAACCGCGUGGGUGUUGUAUGUUUGCGCUGUGGCGUCAAGCGAAGGAGCUAACGCCACACUUUCCGUCUCGGCAGAACCGGCGGCGGCCCCCGUCAGCCUGCUGCUGUCCGCCUUCCCGGACGACUUGGAGGUGAGCGACUACUGCAGCGAGCUGCUGCGCCUCUUUGGCCAACGUUACGUGGCCUAUGUCAACUGCCUGGUUCCGGCUGCGCGGCCGGUUAAAGUGUGCCAGAACUGCUUCGGCGCUUACGGCAGCCUGGCGACCACCUACAUGAACAUCUCCUCAGAGCAGUUGGGUCCUGGCAAUGAGAGCUGCAGGGACAGCUUGUUGCGCAGUGACCGUCUCAUGCUGGUUUAUCUGCUCUUCGACAACCUGCAGGACCUGUGGACCAAAGCAGCCUGCGACCAUUGUAUCAACGACGGAUUCCGGAGCCUCACCGAUGACACGCUGUACUUCAUGUCCAUUCUCAACCAAACUCUCACCUGCUUUGAAAGAUACCAGCAGGGCAACCACACAGAGCUGUGCAAAAACUGUAAGAGCGCAUAUAAGGGCCUCAAUGAGCUGUACAGCGGAAUGGAGAAGAAUGGCACCAUGUGUAUUGACAUCGAGGAUGGCAUGAACAUGACCCGCAGGCUGUGGAGUAAGAACUUCAAAUGUUCCCUUCCCCGGGAGGAGACGGUGCCUGUCAUCGCCGUGUCCAGCUUCAUGCUCUUUCUGCCCAUCAUUUUCUACUUGAGCAGCUUCCUUCACUCAGAACAAAAGAAACGCAAGCUCAUACACCCCAAGAGAGCAAAGUCGUACGCCUCCAGUCUGAUGAACAUUCGGGACAAGCGGAGCUGAUGGCUGACACCACUGAGGAGUUGACGUUUUCUACUUUUUGGAGGUUUGUGUUGCGGUGACAGCAGGCUGAAUUAACCUAUCAGUUUUUAGACACGUGCAUUAUUUUGUCAAACACACUGGAGUUUUCAACGUACAUAAUUUGACUUUGGUUCAGCAAUAGCCCAUAUCACUUUGUCCUGAACUUUCAUGAGACUUUUUGAAGCAGUUGUAACCAAAUAUAUUGUCAUUAAAUUAAGAUAUUUAAAUUUUUGUGGUGUCAGUGGACUAUAUUUAGGGAUCUCUGUUUAUUAUUCUUUGGAUGAAAGAAAACGCAUCUUUGGGGGCCUCAACAUGUCCCAAAAAACACCAGUUUUAUUAAGUGCUUGUAUCAUGAUCAAAAUUGAUGCAUUUUUUAUCAUAACGAGGUCCACGGAAAAGUCUCAAGAACCCAUUCAUGAAAUUGAACAGAAAGCCACCUUUUUGGUUUGACGUAGCAAAUUCCAAGACUUGUACUUUUUCAUCCAAAUGAGACCCCAAUAUGAAGCAGGUAUCCCACACAACUGGGCCAUGCUAAAUUGACAAAUGUUUUUUACUACGCCAUCUUACGUGGGCUUCCAAGUUCGAUGAUCAUUUUGAGGAUUUGCCAUGAAAAAGGGGGUGUGAGAGACCGUUCAUUGCUACUUGCUGCUUUAAUUUACACCGUUACACAGGCAAUAUGUGCAUCAUGAAUAAGUGUAAAAGAAUUUAGCUAACCCUGCUUUAUUGGGAUAUUUUCAUUACCUUCUCAGAGAGUAAACCUUGAAACUUUUAAGACAAACUUCAGGCACAUGCAGGAGCUAAGUAUCUCUGAAAGUGUACAAUUUAAAGCUGAGCCAAUUCAGAACUUGUUCAGCCUCAGCUGUGCUCUAC